AUGAGCAGAGGCAGCCGAGAGGUAGAACGGAGGCUCCUCCGCCUCCUCCACGGCCGCGAAACCCGCACCCACCUUACUGAAAUCCAUGGCCAUCUUCUUCGUCAACAGCUCCACCACUCCAACCAGCUCCUCUCCCACUUCAUCUCCAUAUGUAGCUCCCUCAACAAAAUGCCUUACGCCCAACGUAUAUUCUUGCAGUCUGCCAACCCCAACAUCUUCCUCUUUAACUCCAUGAUAAAGGGCUAUUCCCUUUGUGGGCCCUCCGAAAACUCGUUUUCAAUGUUUUCCGUCAUGAAAAAGCGUGGGAUUUGGCCAGAUGAAUUCACCUUUGCACCUUUGCUCAAGGCGUGCGCCAAUAUCGGAGAUUUAAAAUUGGGUCGUGGGGUACAUAAAGAAGUUCUGGUGCUUGGAUUUGCGAGAUUUGGAUCGAUUAGGAUUGGGAUUGUGGAGUUUUAUGUGAACUGCAUUAGUGCAUUGAAGAACAAUGUAAUAUAUCUUGGCCUCUUUGGUCAUGAUCAGAGAGAGCAAUCGAAUUUAGCGAUCCUAAAUUUCUCUGAUUCUGGUUCACAGCAUACUAGCGUCCCCUUAUGCUGCCAGGAUGGUAGCAAGGUGAAUGAUAGGACUGUAGGUCCUGGGGGUGUUUCUCUUGACGUACUUCACCCACAAGUUAGGAAUGUGAUAGGUGUCCGGUCUGCAUCAAAGAUUACCUCGCUAGAGCCCUUCCUCUCUCACAUUAAUGGCUUGCAAAUUGAUCCAUUCUUCCCCCAGACUGAUCGUAGCUGA